AUGUCAAUGUCCAAUGCACAAAAAGCUCGUAAUAAAGAUGGCAAGCCGUGCACUUGGAGAGUUUUCAAGAAUGCUAGUGUGGGUAAGUAUUUCUCGUAUUUGUCUGGUAAAUCGCAUGGGUUAGCGCGCUCCGCUUUAUUUCUGACUUAAAGUUGCGUGAUGUUGGUCGAGUAUUAAAAUGGGGCAUACACUGCAUUGAGUUAAGGUACUUGAAAGCUAAGUUUCGGUUAGAGCACGAGAGUAAUGUGUUAAAUUAAAUUAAUUGGAUCUGUGCACAUACCCUUAUUCUGCACUGACUUAAUCCAUGAUGCACGCGCGCUGUCGCACAAUUACUUCUCAGUUAAAAAUGCUACAUUAGAUUGAGAGCUACAUUAGAUUGAGAUUGAGGUUUAGUGUCUUUCUCUGGGUUUGAAACCAUUUUAAUAAGUGGAGCUUGGUUACGUCUCUCCCGUUGUUAAGAUUUUCCUUCCACAUCAGUACGUAAGAGAUAUUAACAGGUAAAAUUGCUGUGCCAGCAUAUGUAAUGGCAAUAACACCAGAAAACAGCUAAUUGAACGGGAUUCAACACCAAUCGCUUCUAAAAAUUGUUGGGAACAUGCAGUUUUAGAUUGUAAGUCAAUCUAUAUAAUUUUUUAUCCACAGUAUCGCCCCCUUCCCCUUCUCCCUCCCCAAUCAAUGUUGCUUUCUCAAAUUAUGUGUACCAAACAGCGUCGAAUCUGACGGGAAAUGGUAUACACAACAAUAACAUUGAAAAUGAGAGGGGAUGGCGUUAGUUGAAAUCAAAGAUUUUUUGGCAUCUGUUCCAAGAUAUUUGAAACUGAUUGUACCUAUAAAAUGCAACACAACAUUUCGAGCAUACGGUUUUGUUCGGAAAGUUAGUGAAAAUAAACUAAAUAGCCUAACUGCACCGUCACUUGUUAUUUUAUUAAAAUUUGUGUCGUACUUAUUUCUCUCCGUUUAAAAUGUUCACGCCCUAGUAAUGUAUUCCUAGUAUACGCAGGAUCCCUCCUAUGUUUCUAAGUAAAACUAUUACUGGACUUCUAUAAGCAGGACACUCGAAAACUGAUAAAGCUAUUCGUUGUAAAAAUGGUUAGUUCACUUUAGGGUUCUUCCUGCGUAACACUGCAUCGAUAACCAAUUAAUCGUCCAGGCGAAAUAAUUACAACUCCGUAGUCACUGAGCCUAACACGAAUGAUUAAUUGAUUUAGGUUUACUCUUGGAGGAACCUGUAUUAAACUAACCUUAUUCAUUCUGGAUAUAGUUCGCCAAUUCCAAACGUGCGGUACCCAUUCCCCAGGGUCCAGUGUUACAGGGUACAGGUAGCUAUAAUAAAAAAGCAUUAAUAUAUAAUUACUUUUAAUUAACACUUGAUUGUCCUACCCGAUUUAAACUGUUUUCCCAGUUAUAAAGGUCGAUUAUGAGCUGUGCCUUACUGCUUCAGUGUCGCUGCGAGAGAAAACCAAACAAGGCUACCUUUUACAACAUGAGCUCCACCUUUGAAUUUACAAGAUGAGUAAAUUCUUAAAUGUGAUCUACAGUCCGUAUGUUAACAAAGCCUUUGUUUACAUUUUUGUGUCCAAAAUAUUGAGCUUUAUUCGACAACUAUUUAUAUUUUCAAGCUUCUAGAGUAUAAUAAAUGAUCAAGAAACAACAAUCAGGCUUUUCAAGAACUCAAAACAUAGUUAAACUGUUUGUAUCAUAAAAAGUGGGCUCAUUUGUGCACAUGCGCAGAUCGGACUGUAGAUCACCUUUAAGCACUUUCGAAUUUAUCAUUUUGAUAAAUUCGCGGCACAUUUUGAAUUUAUCAAUAGAGUUAAUCAUAAAACCACAAGGAUUAGACAAGACUUUUUGCUAUAAAUGUAAUGGCGCUAAACGCGCGGGGGUGGGGGGUUUUCAAGAUUUUCAGAAAAAAGUUUUUAAAAAGUUUUAAAAAAGAAAUAAAAGUUUAAGAAGUUAGAUUUUCAAAAAAAGUUUAAAAAGUUAAAAAAGUUAGGGUUUGGGUUAUUUAGGGGUUAGAUGCCGCGAAUUUAUCAUGAUGAUAAUUAAAUUCAAAAUGUGCCGCAAAUUUAUCAUAACGAAAAAUUCGGACGUGCUUAAGAAUUAACUCAAAUAGUAAACUCAAAGGUGGAGCUCAUGCUGACCUUUUAAUCUAGACGGCACAUCAGUUUUAAGCAGUUCUCUUUUCAGAUAUACUAAGGGCACUUUUUUGGCUAAUCGAAGUUACUACAACCAAGAAGAAAUUUAAACUAUAUUUACUGUAAUUUAAUGAGCAUUUCUAUCGGAUUUGCCUUGUUCCUCAAUCAGUAUAGGGAUCGAAUAAAGCACUGUAAUAAUUUCAUACAACUUCAUUUUUUUCACAGGAAACCAAGCACUUCGUCCAUCAAGUCUGAUAUCCAGUCACAAUAUCAUCGGCUUAGAAGAAUGCUCCUUCCUUUGUAUAACUCAAGACAAUUGCUAUGGUUUUAACUAUCGAGUGAGACCAAGUACUAUUUAUACCGCAAACUGCCAGUUGAGUAACAGCUCUGUAAAAAUGAACAACCUCGAGAUGAUGAGUGAGCCUUGGGUUUACUAUGAGGAUGUUUUG